AAGAGUGGGGUGUCAUCGGAUUACCACUCUCUCUAUCUCUCUUACGCUGAUACCCAUCGAUCCGACUUCCCCACCGUUUUCCUAGAGCGGAAACCGAUGGCGGCGGUCUCCUCCUCCACCACCAUCGCCGCCACCGGCAGCCAAAGAAACCCCCUUCUCUUCUUCCCCAAAACCCUAAAUCCCACAAAGCCCUCCUUUCUCCCCUUCAAAUCCAAUCAAACCCUCGCUCCCGUCUCCAUGUCGAUAACCUCCCAAUCUUCCAAGAAACAAGCCUCCUUUUCUCGAAUUAGAGCUGCCGCCUCCUCCCUAGUUCCUGAUCCCGGUUCCCACAACCCCGAUUCUCGGACCCUCAAGUCUCGCCUCGCUGCCGGCGAGACCCUCUACGGCCUCUUUCUCCUGAGCUUCUCCCCGACCCUAGCCGAGAUUGCCGGACUGGCCGGCUACGACUACGUGGUCGUUGACAUGGAGCACGGCCCCGGCGGCAUCGCCGAGGCCCUCCCCUGCCUCCGCGCCCUCGCCGCUGCCCGCACCCCGGCCAUCCUCCGCCUCCCGGAGCCCUCCGCCGCCUGGGCCAAGAAGGCCCUCGACCUCGGCCCCCAGGGCCUCAUGUUCCCCACGAUCGAGACGCCGGCAGCCGCCGAGCUUGCUGUCUCCUACUGCCGCUUCCCGCCGCGCGGCGUCCGGGGGUCCGCCCACACGUUGGUGCGCGCUUCCGCCUACGGCAUUGACGACGGGUACCUGGCACGGGUGGAGGAGGAGCUGCUGGUGAUGUGCCAGGUGGAGACGACGGCAGGGGUGGCGGAGAUCGAGGCGAUCGCUGCCGUCGAGGGGGUGGACGUGGUGCAGAUGGGGCCGCUGGAUCUGAGCGCGAGCAUGGGGUAUCUGUGGGAUCCGGGGAACCGGAAUGUGAGGGGGGUGAUGAAGGACGCCGAGAGGAGGGUGCUGGGGAUGAGGAAGAAGGUGGUGCCUGCGGAGGGCGGCGGCGGCGAAAGGGGCCCUUACCUCGGGGGGUUUGCGAUGCCGCACGAUCGGCCGGAGGAUCUGAAGUUGAGAGGGUAUCAUAUGGUGGCGGGGGCGGUGGAUCUGGGAAUAUUCCGGCAGGUGGCGGUGGAGGACGUGCGGCGGUGGAGGAGCGCGGAGGUGGAGAUCGGGGAGGAAGACGAUGAGGACGAGAAGGCCAAGGACGACGAGUACUGGAGCGAGUGAAGUGAGUCGAGGGACGCGUCAGCCUGGGAUGGAAGUGAGUCGGCACGGCAACUUUUUUGCCUCUUUUUUGCUCUUUUAUGUUUUUAGGGUUUUUUUUUCUAUCGUUUUAUUUGGCUGGAGGAGAAUUCAAAUAAUAAGAGGUUAUUUGCAAUAAAAUGAAAAAGGUUUGCUCACGAGCCCA